AUGCAAUCUUUAAAUAUUUAUCCAUCAUUUCAAAUAUUUUCCGUUGCACAUAACAGCGAGAAGUUUUCUAAACCGUCAAAACCAUAUCUGAUGGUUGUGAAGCUCAAGAUCUCUUUUCUAAAACCAUUCAAUCUCAUUCCUAAGCUUUCUCUUCAAAUAAUUUUAGUGGACAUUCAGAUGACAAUAGAACAUUUUGAAUCUUAUUUGGGCUCAAUAGGUUUCCGGUUUGGUAUCAUUUCAGAAGAUUUAUGUAUUCAAAUGACACUUUAA